AUGUCUCAACGACCCAAAGACAGGAAGAUCAGGGGCCGCUAUAAUGGACCGGUGCCGACGUCCAACUUCAGUGAAGGCGAUGAUUUUUUUGACGAACCUUUUUCAGCCUCAGAUGCGGCGCCCAGAUCAUACGGACCCGGUGAAGGAGCUCUGGCGGUGGUGGACGGAGGCAUUGACAUGUGUCUGGACACAAACAAAGCCAACCACCACACCAGCGCCUACGACACGCCCAACCUGGUGGUCCGUCGCGGUAAGGAGUUCCUGAUCCGCGUCACCUUCAACCGUCCGCCCACCGAGGCGGACGACUACCAGCUGGAGUUCCUGAUCGGUUCCGACCCUACACCCAACACUGGGUCCCGCAUCGUGGUGACGUUCGGUGCCCGUCAUGUUAAUAGCUGGGCGGGUUCGAUCGUGAGCACUCAGGGCAGCACGUUGACGCUGAGCAUCACACCCUCGCCUAAAUCCAUCGUGGGGAAGUUUCGAACCUACGUCGCCAUCGACGCCGGCACCAUGCAGCACACUCCGAGGAACACCAGCACAGACAUGUACGUGCUGUUCAACGCCUGGUGUCAAGGUAGGAAAUCGCUCACUGCCCCCUGGUGGCUGAAAGAGUUACUGUUUGACUUCAGAGGAGAGAUUUCUUUCCUUUAA